UCACCCCACCCUGUCCUGUACUUACCCGUUAGAAUGUUUUUUGGGGUGAAAACCAGCUGCUUCUUCCUGCUAAAGUUGGCAUAUGGAAUAUAGCAAGAGCAGUUCCUUUCACUCAUCAUGUGUCCAUGGCUCUCAAGGUCAAAACUGCUGAAACCAAGGUUGUUCUGGUGAACCUGUUGAUAUGCAUAAUAGUUUUCUACACUGUGUACUAUGUGGUCCUCUCUGUGUGCUUUGCAGUAUUCAGGAUUAAAAUGUUGGAUGGUUUGGCACCUUUUGAUUUUAAAACAAAUCCUUCAUGGAUUAACCCAUAUUAUUUAGUUCUUGUGAUAUCCUUGGAAAUAACUUUCUUCCUUUGUGGUCUGCUGUUUGCUCUGGUUGUGGAAGAAUGGGUUUGGGACUAUGCUGUAACAGUUACUAUUAUUCAUAUCAUCAUAACUUCAGUUGUUAUGUCUGAAUUUCCCCUGAUGUUACACUGGUGGCUGGCAUUAGGAUCUGGAGUAAUUUCAAUGAUUUGCGGAGGACAGAUUUUGGCAUAUUGCUUGUUCAAAGACAACUUCAUUUACCCAAUUCUAGAUGACUUUUGAAAAGGAGUAUUAGAACUUGCUUUUAUAUCUAUGUGAAUUCUAUUGUUUCAUUAAUCAAUGUAAUUAAAAUGAAGUCAGCAAC